GGGACAGGUGGCCCAGGGCAAAAGCCCUGGAAACAGUCUCUUCCCCUACCCCACCUCCACCCCAUUCUGGCUUCUGUCAGGAAUGACUCAUUAACAUGUGUCCUGAGUACUCCCCAAAAUGACAUCACAAAAGGGCAGAACACAGCUGGGGGUGGGGGAGUGUGAAAGGCAAAAUGGGAAAUGUGGUUGGUUGCCAGGCAACCAGCCCCAGCCCACCUUUGUUUGCUUUGGUGUUGGCAGUGGUCAGGGCCACUUGCCAAGGCCAAUACCUUUUCCUCUCAACAGUUGCUUCUUUGAGUCAGCCCAGUUCUGGUCACCUGGCAGGCCUUCAGCUCAGGCUACCGCCUUAACGUGCAGGCCCUGAAGGACUACCAGGAUUUGCAGUCGUGGGACACAGGACUGUCAACAGCAAAAUCAGGUUCACAUGGACCAAAUAAUAGUGCAGAAGUCAGAUUGGAAGGAUGAGUUCUGGGAGAACCCCUGGGAGAAGGGGGGCCUGGCAGUGAUUGGCUUAUUCAUCACUACAGUCCUGCUUCUCAUCCUGUUUGCUAUUGUGUUUGGUUGGCUCCAACGGAUAGAAGACAACUCAUAUGAAGAGGACUGAUCUCACUUCCUGGGGGCUGAGACAGCAGCAGGGGAGGUGAACUGACCUGCUGUCCCCUAUACUGGCAGUGAGCCCCCACACGGUCCCCUCUGGCUUGGGGUCCAAGCCCUGGCGUCUUCUAUUCCUGCCAGGAAAGUGUCUAGUCAAAUACUGGAUCUAAUUAGCAAGAUGUGGAGGCUGGUCUGAGACCAAUUCUGGCCACCCCCUUCCCUGCUGCCACUUGGACUCUGAAAUCACAAGGAGAGGGCCUCUCCGCUGCCUCAGUGAGAUGAGCAAUGGCUAACAAGGUCCUCUAACAGGCUCACAGCCACAGCCAGCAACUUCACAAAUCCUUCACAGAGAAAGACACAAAUAACCACAUGAAGUAAAAAUUCCUUUUCAAAUUGGCUAA